ACAGUGCCGGGCAUGCGUGCUUCCUCUCGCCUCAAAGACCCGCUGAAGGCUAGCGAUUCGGAUUGCUCGGUCCUGUUUCCGCAAGGGUACCAUGAUCAAGCGUUUUCUCCUUUCCGGCUUCCUCCACCUCCGCCGCCGCGGUGGCGGCUCCGUUUCGUUUCUUCCUCUCAGUGUAUCAGGAAACUUAUGGGGGAGAUCCCAAAGUGUAGCACUGAAUCAUCCAAAGAAUACAGAAGGAGAAAAUAUUACUAAGGCAAUUGGACGCUAUCCAAUACCCAAGAAGACGGAUUUGCCAUAUGAUAUAGUAGAGCUCAUGGAGGAAAUGGAAGUAAAGACUGGGUUUUUGCCCAACGUGUUUAAGGUUAUGGCUCAUCGGCCAGCAGAAUUUAGGGCAUUCUUUGCCUAUUACAAUGCCAUCAUGAACAAAGAGACAGGAAACCUAAGCAAGGCUGACAAAGAACUCAUUAUUGUGGCUACCAGUAUUGUCAACCACUGUCCCUACUGUGUAAUUGCACAUAGUGCCUUACAUCGCAUCUACUCCAAGAAACUAACUUUGGCAGAUCAGGUGGCUGUGAAUUGGAAGUUGGCCGAUCUAAAUGAUCGGGAAAUGGCCAUACUUGACUUUGCCCUUGCUAUCUGCAGAGCAGAUAACAUAACAGAAGAGCACUUUCAGAAGCUGGAGGCACAUGGAUUUGACCGAGAAGAUGCCUGGGACAUAGGCUCCAUUUCAGCCUUUUUUGCCAUGUCCAAUCGCCUGGCUCACUUAAUAGAUCUGCAUCCCAACCCAGAGUUCUAUAUCAUGGGAAGAGUACCAAGAGAGAAAAAGACCAGUUCCUCCUAAUAAAACUUGUUGAUAUCCUAAUCUGUGCAAACACUUAAGGUCAAGCUUGACUAAUUACUGAGUGAAAGUUAUCAAAUUAAAGUGGACCAGUUUUAGACGCAGUGAAAAGAGAAUCAAACUUUACUUUUGAUUGUACUGUACUUCUGAAAUGAUUUCACGUAGAUGUCAAUUGGAAUGAGUUUCUUGAAAAGAGAAAAGUGAGAUCAGAUACUUGUAGUUCAGUUUCUUUUGAUCAUAAUUAAAGAUAUGAUUAGAAGUAAGAACCUCAUAUAUUUUAUUUCUGUAUAGCUAACUAAAUCUCUACUGUAAUAAGACUUUUUAUUCAAACAUUGGAACAGACAAAUAAGCUGGGUUUACAUUCUCAUUUCCUCUAUAAAGUACUGGCAAGCAUGAUUGCUUCCUAAAGGCUUAAGUUUUUGCACUGGAUCAGGACUCUUUUUUAUUAUUUUAAUGAGAAUGUAAUUCUCUUUCUUCUCCCUGGAUUUAACAAUGCUUUCAUACAUUUGUGAAUUUCAGCUUUUUUAUCUUUUGAUUAAAAAAGGUCACACAAACAUAACUGAAAAAUGAAAGGUAUUAAACAGUUACAAUAAAUUAUUAUAUGUUUUUGCU